AACAUUCCUUUGCUUGCAUGUUUUCAAGAACGAUUUUAUAGUACAGUUUAACUUUGAUAAAGUAGUAACAUAAAAGGUGGAGUUUAAAAACACAAUGUUUGAAUUAGAUUGAGGAAAAAAAAAUAAUUAUAGUGCUUUGUAUGGAAAAGAAAAACUGAUAAACUGCAUCAGUAAGAAAUGUCUUCUUGUGUGUUAAUAAAGGGAAUGGGAGACAGGCUAGCAAUAGAAACACAAAGUCAAACACCCUCGUUGAAUUGAACUGGAUCUACAUGCAUGAUUCAUUGCAGUGGCAUUAUUCUAAUGCACGUGAAAUUGAGGUAGCUGCGCCAUGAAUACAGCAACAUGCAUUUGCCCUUUGCUUCAGUUUUGAAUCUCAGUUCUCCAAAAUUAAGACCAACAAUUAAAGGUCGGUGUAACAGUAGCAGAAAAUAUAUAUUUUAUAUAACUAAACAAAUAACAAGCAAAGAUGAGGCACCAUGCCAUACAAUUAUCUUCCCUUAUAUAUACACAUAUUUUGCUACCUAGCUAGAGGCACACUCAAUAAUAUUAUUGGAUUUCAUUUCCUGAACCUUCACCAAAAGAUACAUCAAUAUCAUCCAAGAGAUUCUACCUCACCAGUAGCAACAUGACGGUGAGCACUGUCACUUUACUUUUUCUUCCUUUGGAAACAUGAAGAUUCAAAUCAACCACUGUUUUUUUCCUUUUUCUUUUAUCUCAGUUUCUCCAUUACUUUUAUCAGUCAACUUGUUUCAUAUUUCUGUCUGAUGAUCUCUUUUUGUCUCUAUCUUCAGAUCAUAGAGAUGAGAGUACACAUGGAUUGCCCUGGAUGUGAAAACAAAGUGAAAGAAGCACUACAAAAACUUAAAGGGGUGGAUGGCAUUGAAAUAGAUAUGAAACUGCAAAAGGUGACUGUGAAUGGCUAUGCUGAGCAGAAGAAGGUUCUGAAAACUGUUCGAAAAACUGGUUGCAGGGCUGAGUUAUGGCAACUUCCAUACACAACAGAGUCUCAAAACCAAUAUUUUCAGCAGCACCAUUGCAAUGGCCCUCUCACCUAUUAUGCUUCUCAACCUUCCUCAUCUUAUAACUAUUACAAACAUGGCUAUGAUAGCAGUGAUCCAAGCUAUUACAACUAUCCCUCACAAUCUUCCAUCUUUGGCCAUCAAACUGGUGCUACUUUUAGUGAUGACAAUCCUCACGCUUGUGUCAUUAUGUGACCAUACCAUGUUCAUGCUCUUACAAAUCAACUACAUUAUAUUAUAUACCUUUAAAUUAUGAAGUGUAUGUAUGAAGCAUUAACUAAAGUGUUUAUGAAAAAGGGUUCUUUCUGGUUUUGACUAUUAA